CUUUUCCCACAUCAUCACUUUCAGCGGUGGACAGUGGACUUUGCCCCGACCACAUACUUUCAUUUUCGUUUGUUUGUUUCCGGCUUGACUGGGACUCGCUACAGGAACCAUGCAAGAGCCCUCAAGAAAUGAAAUAGAGUCGUCUUCGCAGCGCGUCGAUGACAAGGAUAGUGACGACAUCGAGUUAGACACCCUACAGGACAUUCUGGUCACCCCUCGGGCAGGCUGCAGGACGGCCGAAUACGACUUGCAGGACUUCGACGAAGACAUAGAGCAUAGAAGCGAUGGUAGCGCCGCUCUUUUGGGCUCAGGUGGAGGAACCAGGGGAAACGAACGGAUACUUUCUCGCACGGGAAGUCUCUGGUCACAAGUUGGCAGUAUUGUUGUCGAAUGUGCACCCACGCUUCUUAUGACUACCAUUAGCCUCCUAUUUACCGGGGAACUUCUUGACCGUGUGUCACGUUGGCGGGCAAUGCGCACAAUCGAUGAGCUGAUAAUGAUCGUUCCUGUUGUCCUGAAUCUCAAAGGCAACUUAGAAAUGAAUCUCUCUGCCAGACUGGGAACUGCAGCCAAUAUGGGCGAACUAGACGACAGCAGCGCAAAACGUAAGAUUGUGGCUGGUAAUCUGGCACUCUUACAAGUGCAAGCUACUGUUGUCGCAUUUGUGGCUGCGUGUGUCUCAAUGCUUCUCGGUCUUUUCGUCCCAGAGCUAUCUUCAGGGCCUGUAGACCCUUUUCCACAAAACGGCACCUUAUCGCUCUUUGCUAGGGUGCCUAGACCGCCGCGGCCUGCAGGUGGGAAACCGAAGUCGGGUUUGAUCGAAUUCACCAUGGUGGCCUCCUCAGCUAUGAUGUCCACAUGCCUGUCUAGCAUUACCCUCGGUUCCUUCAUGUGUUUCCUGGUUAUUGUCUGUCGACGGUAUGGACGUGACCCAGAUAAUAUUGCGCCCCCGAUAGCAUCAUGCCUUGGAGACUUGGUCACACUCAGUCUUCUUGGUGCUAUUUCGUCCAUCCUCAUUAAAGUCGUCAAUUCUCCCAUUCCUCUCAUUUGCGGCAUACUCACUAUUAUCUCCGCUACGUCAUGUGUGUUCCUAGUGAGGCGUAACAGUAAUGUCAAGGACCUGAUCUACCAGGGUUGGGUUCCACUCUUUGGUGCAAUGAUUAUUUCUUGCGCUACUGGCAUCGUGCUUGAUAUGUUUGCUUCUCGUUACCAAGGGUUCCCUCUUCUUGCUAUCGUCAUCAGUGGGCUUCCUGGCAGCGUUGGGUCGAUACUUAUCUCCCGACUCUCGACUGCUCUUCACGCGGCAUCUGUGAACACAUCCCUGCACAAAAGCGAUCCAUCUCCAAAACUUGUGAUGGUCACGUUAAUUCUCAUCACAAUCCCGAUAGAGAUUAUAUUCCUCUGUAUCUUACGCGCAUUUGGGUGGCUAAGGCUACCUAUCAUAUUUGCCAUAUUAUCGGUAUUAUUCUUUUGUUGUGCUGUCUUCACGUCAUUAGUCAUAGCUCAGUUUUUGACCAAUUUGCUGUGGUCCAGAGGCCUUGAUCCCGAUACAUACGCACUGCCUAUCCACUCUGCCCUGAUGGAUUUGGUAGGGCAACUACUGCUCGUAUUGUGCUUCGAGAUAGUCUCGCUUUUUGGCACGAACUUGUAG